AUGGGUCCUGAUGCCAAACAGACGAUACAGAUGGCGGCGCUCGGUCGACCUUUCAGUCUUGGGACGCUGUAUGACUGCCGGAAAGAUUCACUCAUCCCUAGCAUGACAUUGUGGGACCAUGAUGAACUGUUAAACCAUAUAGGAGAAAGACCACAGUGCUACAAUGACUUUGAGAUAGUUACAUCUGAAUCAAUAGAUGACAAAUGCUCAUCACUAAAAGCUGAUGCAUCCCUGAAGCUAAGUUUUUUGUUUGGAAUGUUUGAGUUAAACGGAUCUGCCAGAUACCUGAAUGAUUAUAAGAAAUCCAAACAUCAAGCCAGAGUAACACUGAAAUAUGAAGCUACCACAAAGUUUCGGGAACUGUCGAUGGAUCAUCUUGGAAGAGCCAAUGUGAAGCAUCCAGAUGUGUUUGAGAAAGGAGUAGCAACACAUGUGGUCACAGCUGUCCUUUAUGGUGCACAGGCCUUCUUUGUCUUUGACCGUGAGGUGUCUAAAGAGGAGGAUCAUCAAGUUGUUGAGGGCAAUUUGAAAGCCAUGGUCCAGUGGAUUCCCCUCAUAAAAGCUGGUGCUUCUGUUUCCAUGAAACUGAAUGAUGAGAGCACUGCAAAUGUUGAGAAAUUCUCCUGCACAUUCCAUGGAGAUUUUUUCCUUGAAAAAAACCCUGUAACUUAUCAGGAUGCAGUGCAAGUCUAUCAAGACUUGCCAAAACUUCUGGGUGCAAAUAGAGAAAAUGUUGUACCACUGAAGGUUUGGCUGUUACCACUGACAUGCUUAGAUUCAGGUGCUACUCAGCUAGUAUGUCAGAUAAGUACACACUUUGUACGCACAGUGCAGACUGUCAUAGAGAACCUCUCUGAGCUGGAAAUGAGGUGCAAUGAUGCACUGAAAACCACAAUAGUGGAGCAGUUCCCAGAGAUUAGGAAAAAACUUGAAAAGUUUAAAAAACUAUGCUCUGAUUUUAAGGACAAAUUCCAACAAGACUUGACAGAGAAACUUCCAUUAAUCCGGGGAGGAGAGGAAGAGGAGGAUCUUGGAGAUACUUCCAACAUGGACAACCUGAUGAAUAGCACAAAUCUGAACAAGUGGAUGGAUUGUAAAGAGAAGGAAAUCUGCAUCUUAAAAUCUAUCACCAAAAUGAUGAACAACACCAAGAUUGUUCCAUCUCAAAAUGAUCUUCAUGAGGAAAUUCUCAGCUCAGAACAUGCUGUGUGUUUUGUUUUCACCUCACUGGGAAGUGAUGAACCGUACCUCUCAGCUUUAUCAAACUACUUAAACCAAACACUCAAACCAGACGACUGUCAAGAUCCAUAUAGUCAUGAUAUAGAAAGGGAACAAUGGUACACCUCACCAGAAGUUUCAGAGGCAGUGAUGAACGAAGCAAAGCUAUUCAGUGAUUUUGCAGAGGCCAACAAGGAGAAUAAGAACAUAAAGUUCCUGACAGUGGGUUUAACAAAUGAGAGACAGCAAGGUUCAAGCAUCUACGUCUACAAAGAUGUCCUUUCCAUCAAUGAGAACUUUGAGCCACCUUCAAAACUUGAAACAGUGACAGCAGGUGAUGUAACCCACAACAGUGUGACACUGAAGAUCUCUCCACCAAGAUUUGGAGCAGAGAACAUUAUCUGCUAUUCUUUGGAGUACUGUGUCAGUGGAGAGGAUGAAUGGCAAAAAACAACAGCACCAAAAGCUGAAGAAGUCACAGUGAGUGGUCUAACUCCUAACACAGAGUAUAUGUUCAGAUGCAGAGCAGUGACCUCAAUAGGUGUUGGGCCAGCUGGUGAAGUCAGCGGUCCCAAUAAAGCCUUAUCUGGCAGCUCCCCUGGAAAACCUCAAGUUGAAACAAACACGUUGAAAGACAAGUACAAAAAAGAUACUAAUGAAAAGUCAUCUAUUCAACACUUGAUUAAGAGGGAAGAAGAAGAGAUUGUUCGCCUUCAAGACUGGAUAGUGUCCCUCAUGGAUCAGUCAGCCCAAUGUGUAACUCGUCUGCAAGAGAUCGCCCUCAGGCCUAACUCUCUGACCACUCCAGAGUACAUUGACAUGCUGAUUGAAGGAGAAAAGUCAGAGGCCAAGGAGGGUUACCAGGCCCGAAUUCAGUCUUUGGAGGCGAUGAAGAACAGAGCAAAAACCAUCUCCAAAGAAGCCAAAUGA